AUGGAUUUCGCCGCCCUUAUGGGCAAGGAGUUAAGCAAGUCCAAGAAGGCCGCCAGCGGGGGCAACGACCCCAAGAAAAAGAAGUUUAUGAGGCGCGCCGAUAUCGAGGCGGAGCGCGAGGCAGCCUACCGAGCUGAGCAGAAAGCCCUAGAGGAGGAACGACAGGCCAAGGUGGCCGCCAAGCGGAAGCGCGAAGAGGAUGCAGCAGCCGAGCACGCGGCGCGUGAGGAGAAGCGUCAGCGCCUAGCCGAGGAGUCGCGACGGCGCCGACAAGAUGCGGAGUGGGAGGAGGAGCAGGCUCGGCGGCGACGGCUGGGACUUCCUGAGAAGCCCAAGCCAUCCUCGGCUGGCGACGGCGACGGCACCGCCACAUCCCCGGGCGCGCAGGACGACGGGGCUCAGGACGUGCCCGAAGAGGAGCUGAUCGCCAAGCUGCGCGGCCUGGGCCACCCGGCCAUCCUGUUUGGCGAAGGACACGCCGCGCGUCUCCGCCGCUACCGCCGCCUGACUACGGUUCUCACCGACGGCCCCAUACCCACCACCCUCCAGCCCGUCGACGAGAAGGACAUGAAGGUCGGGGCGGCCGUGCCCAAGGACCGCGACGGCCGCAGGUGGCUGUACCGCCAGCUGGCAAGCUACUUCACAAUGGUGCUGACCGAGUAUCAGCGUGCCAUGGAAGCCGAGAGGAGAGAUACCACCGCCAGCAAGAAUGCUUACAAUGCCAUGGUUCAGACAAAGGAGAAUAUGAAGCCGACAACCCACGUCAGUUAUAUCGGAAAUUCGAACGAGAUGAACUAG